AUGGUCCGCAACAGCCUGUGGAAGGUAGGCAUGACUUCGUCCAGUAAGGGAAAAUGGUGCCGUACGGGGCUGCAGCCAGGGCGUCUCCUACACCGUGAAAACCCUCUGCACAAGAUUGAAUUUUGGAACGGUUCCUUUUUCGAGGAUACCACACUCAAGAAUCUCGGUCUCCGGGUCCAGCUCGGUCACCCAGUUGGCGAAAGAUGUUUCAAUCAUUCAUGGGCACACGAUGAUGAUUUCGUCAUUCUCGAUAUUGGUGGCAUCCACGAACUCGCCCUCGAUUUUUGUUCUUGCGAGAACCCGAAAUCAGCGGCAACAUUCCGUCUUCUCCAAAAUUUUCACAUGCUUACGUUCGAAUCUAAAGUGUCUGCCUUUGAAUAUUGGCAAACGCUUGCACGUCUCACCGAUAAUACAGGCACCAAGCCAUGCAAGGAUCGUUAUGACAGCCUUUUGCGCAUGAUCAAGCAGUGGCAUAACCUCAAGCUUUUGAAGCGGUUUGGGCGAGGUCAUGAUCCCGCUGGGAUCAAGGCAACCGAACAGGGGGCAUGCGCCGUUGUUUGUCCUGCAUGCCCUCACCCGGGCAAGAACUUACCACAAGACUGGAAUGUAGCACUGCCAGAUAAACGGUGGCUAUAUGCACAGUUUCUAGCCAUAGACGCGAAUUUCCGCUUGGCACGCAAGAACGUUUCCUCGGACAGGAUUGACCCCGGUUUGAGUAAGGGAUGGUCCUAUUUUGUCGAGGAGAAGGAGUUCAAAGAAUUCCUGGCCGAUGUCGGAAAGGUACCACAAGAGAAAAGCGCAUGUGCUAGUCACAACGCCGUAAAUCUCGCAGAAACAAAGAACUCACGAGGACUGGCUGCGACUGGGGCCGGGACAGUGGAUUGCUCGCACCACAACUUCAAGCGGCCAUGUGGAGUAGGUGAUCUUCAGAGGGGUGAAAGGUAUAUAAAUAUGGACUACCUAUUUUUCUCGACCAUGCAACACUCCGAAGACGUUCUCGUACUGAACGUGUCUUACGAUAUCGCCUGCCAAUGGAGCAAGAAUUUAUGGGGCCGGAUGUCGAAUUAUCCAUUGCGCGUGCACUUUGCGCGUGAUGGCAAAAUACUGACCUUCCUCGUUCCGAAAUUUCACUUACCUGCCCAUAUAACUGCUUGUCAGAUCACAUUUUCGCACAAUUUUAUCAAGGGCAUGGGCCGCACGGAUGGCGAAGCCCCAGAACGGGGUUGGGCCAAUAUCAACCCCGUGGCCACAAGUACACGAGAAAUGGGACCUGGCGCUCGUCGAGAUACGCUGGACGAUCACUUUGGCGACUACAAUUGGAAGAAGGUUACGAACUUCGGCGUCAGUUUACUGAGCAAAAUCAAGACCGCGGUUCCUGAACGAGACCGACACCAACAAGAUUUCGACGACUUUCACCUUACGAUCAUAGAGGAACGACCGGGUGAGGUAGCACAGUGGAAGGAAGAUAUCGAAAACUGGGAGGCCGACACUUCUAACAAAAACCCCUUCGAGACAACAACCAUCACCUUGACGCAGGCCGCCGUGCGCCUUAGACUUUCUCAAAAGGAAGCUGAGGACCUCGAAAGAGGUUUCAACAAUUCAUUGCACACCGAGAUAUCACCCAGCGUCCUCAUUUCAUCGGGAAUCGAUCUCGAAGAACAACAAUUUCGCCUGCAGCAAGAUUAUAAUGCUCUGAGUGGCCAUCCGACAGACUUGCAGCUGACGAAGCUGCAAGAGCGUUCGAACACACUGCUGCGCAAGAUCGAGCAGUGGUGCAAAGUCCAAUUGCUCUACAUGCCUGCCGUUGGCCGCCUGCGUGCAUUGGCGGAUGCACAAUCAGCUCGCGAGGAGAAGGCCUACGAUAUCAAACUGUUCCUACCAUCGAAGCUGAAGGAGGCAGCUGAGAUGUCGUGUGAUGAGCAGCUUUGCGAAUACGAGUGGGAGCUGCGGCGUGCACAAGCACACGAAGCUCUCGAUGAUGCUCGCCGGCAACUUCGUCUACGCACACACCUUUACAAGUUUAAGGACGCCAACAUUCGUGGGCAACGGGCCAACACCAGGGCAUCCUCCGUGCUCGCAAAAGUGGAGCAGACCAUCGGGACAGCUGUGGCUCGAUAUCGCAGGGCCUGGGCAGCAGUGAAGACGCUGUCGGCGGUCAUGGACAAACCAAACUGGGAGGUAGAAUUGCCUGAACUGCUGGCGGCCGAUAUUCGCGGGAUGUCCGAGGGAGACUUUGGUCAAUCCGAAGGCAACCACACCCUUUCGUGGAUCUGGAAGGCUCAGGGGGUGGCUGCGAUACAAGAAGAUGGCGAGGCUGUUUUAUCAGAAGGACCAUCUGCUAUAACCAGAGGGGUCAUUGCAUCACCAAUAGGAUAUAGUUCGUUUGAGGAAGGAUUAUCCCAGAACCAAGAACCGUCGCAACAGGAACACUCCCAGAACCCACCUAAGAAGAAAACUACGACAAAGAACCCGAAGAACCAGAAGAACCCGAAGAACCAGAAGAACCAGAAGAACCAGAAGAACCAGAAGAACCCGAACCUCAAACAUCCACUAUGGCAGGAAGAGGAGACAAACCCAUUGAACGAAAAAUUGGAUACCCACCUGACUUUUCCGGAGACAGGGAGAAAUUUUCCCAAUGGCUGUGCCUAG